CUUCACUCCUUUCUUCUUCAUAAAUACCCCUUUUUAUCUCCUCCCAAAAGCCCCAAAGGAGAUAUCAAUUCCCAUUCCCAUUCCCAUUCCCACAAAAUGGCCAUUAGAAAGGCAAACAAACUCCCACAACCCACAGUCCUCAAACAAAUUCUCAAACGCUGCUCAAGCCUUGGCAAAAAGACCAACAAUGGCACCUACGACGACAAUGAUCUCCCCGUCGACGUCCCAAAGGGUCACUUCGCCGUGUACGUCGGUGAAAACCGGAGCCGAUUCAUCGUCCCGAUCUCCUUCUUGACCCACCCAGAGUUCCAAUGCCUUCUCCGACAAGCCGAGGAGGAAUUCGGGUUCAAUCAUUACAUGGGCCUCACCAUCCCUUGCCAAGAACACGUCUUCAGAUCCUUAACCUCCUCCAUGCUUAGAUGACUUAUUCUCUGCCGAGAAUUUCCAUGAACAAGAACAAGAUGGCCGAAGAUGAGAGAUCCAAAUCUCUCCUCUUUUUUUUUAAACAUCUUUCUUGGAUUGAUAAUCAUCAAUCUUUUUUCUUUGUUUUGGAAACCCAUUAAUGGGUUUUUUUUUUUUUUUUAGUUAAGGACUUAUCUAACCUAGCUUCCAAUCUCCAACCCCUCUCAAAUGGGUUGAGAAGAAGAAGAAAACCUCUUUGUAAAAAUAGCUCAAUGUUUCCCUCAUUGAGGUGGAUUAAAACGUUACACCCUUUGAGCGGUUUCUCGUUUAAUGAAAAAUGUACCGACGUUAUUAUUAUUAUU